CAAAAACACAUCAAAGAGGGAGAAAGGGAAAUACUGAAGACCACCCGCACAGUACCAGUAUCUUUCACCACCCUCCCCGCGCUCACACCGUGAUAUUCUCCGCCUGCCGUGGCUCCACCGUACCCCAAACUCAGGAUGCGGUACCCGUACUUGUACAGUACUGUACUUGUGCACCCUGAUCUAAUCACCGUCUCCCCCAAGCGCCUUAUCGAGCUACCCUAUCGACGAUCGCACCUCGCUUCACCCAACGGCGAGAGCAAAACAGCGGAACCGAAAAUAGAUUACUUCCGUCCGCCCCAUCCUAGCUCAGGGCACCAACGCGACCAAUUGGUCAGGUUUGGGGGGGGGGGUCUUUUGGGGAGCAAAACCCAGCUGUGGUCGGUUAGCUGGGCGGGCGGUUACUGUACUGUACUAGGGUACAAGUACUCGUACAGGAAGAGGAGGGAUCGACAAGGGGGAAAAGGAUGCAAGUAUGUUUAGGCAAGGCAUGGUAGGGGUUCGCUUUGGUGAUUGAGGAAACGGUUGCAUGGAUGGUAUUCGGUGCUCUGCCGGUAUUGGGAGCAAGUUGUUGCGGGUCUGGCAUACCAGCACCGGAGACAAGGCGAAUGGGGGGGUUAAUUAUAGGUCCUCUGUUUUAUUUUUCUCUCCUCACACUUUCGCCCCUUCUUUGGUGACUCCGAUUAUGUUUACGAGUACAGAUACCGGCACUGUGGACGGACAGGUGGUCCAGGAGGUGUGUCACGACACUGGUUACUCUGGGAUGUUAUGCCUUCAGAGCGCAUUACUGAAGGGGGUGGGAAUGAUAGUGAGGCAUGCUGCGGGUAUAGGUGGGUGUGCUACCAAUGGCACAGUACGGUACCGAUACCGGUACUCGAGCGGUUAUGAGGAUUUCACGAGCGAGGGGGAGACGAGAUGA